GAGACGUCUGAAACGGUGGAGUGGUGGGGAAAAGGUUUGCGGGAGAUUUGCUGGAAGGCUGCAAACUGGAACUGGAGGUUCAAAUGUGCACUUGUUGUCCGCACGCGUCCUCGGCCAUUCGUGUCUACUUUGCGCCGACAAACUAAAGAAGCGAGUGGGGCAAACCACCAAAUCACUGGACGGCCACAACGCACUUUCUGUGCAGUCCACCGGGCCCUCUUGUGAAUUUCUGCCCACCCGAAGGACGGUGAGAAGGCCAGAAGCUCCAAAGUGAUUUUCCACAAGCACAGAAGAAAGGCUAAUGUACUCUCCUUUGUUUUUCCUCCUUUUCCUUUUCUCCUUUGCCGUAUUAAGAACGCUCUUUGCAGUUUCAGUCUCAGCUCUUACUUCACCGUUGAGGUUGUGCACGUAGCAACUGCAUUCAACUGCAGAAACAUUGAAAGAGCGAAGAACAAAAGAGUAAGACCCAACAAAACGGAACCGGCAUAUUUAGUGAAGUUUUGUCCCACUUGGAAAGCAUGAGAAGAGACGCUUGAAGAUGACUGUGGUGUCAAAAAAUUGUGACUAGCCUUUUAAAAUUUUUGCAUGUGUGGUCAUCUCUUUUAUGGUAAAAGGACUACAAUUGGAUGCCGAUUUAGCCCUUCAAAAUGAGCCGGCAAGGCGGCUUUGGCUGGUGCUGCUGUCUGUCGCUUCUUGCUUGUUGUGUCUUCAUCUCUCGGGCGGCCAAACCCAGAAUGCCGGGCCACACACACCUCAACUCAAUACGCAUCGAUGGGGAUAUAUCCCUGGGUGGGCUUUUUCCACUCCACGCAAGAGGAAAUGAUGGCAAAGCCUGUGGUGAACUCAAGAAGGAGAAGGGGAUCCACAGGUUGGAGGCCAUGCUGUUCGCUCUGGACCGCAUCAAUAAUGACAAUGAGCUGCUGCCAAACAUUACUCUGGGCGCUCGUAUCUUGGACACCUGCUCCCGUGACACUCAUGCUCUGGAACAGUCGCUGACAUUUGUUCAGGCGCUGAUUGAGAAGGACACAACCGAUGUCAAGUGUCUCAGCGGAGGGCCACCCAUCAUCACGAAACCGGAGCGAGUGGUUGGAGUGAUCGGCGCAUCUGCUAGCUCGGUGUCAAUCAUGGUGGCCAAUAUACUACGUCUCUUUAAGAUCCCCCAGGUGAGUUACGCCUCCACAGCUCCAGAGCUGAGUGACAACACGCGUUACGACUUCUUCUCUCGGGUGGUGCCGCCUGACACCUAUCAGGCGCAGGCCAUGGUGGACAUCGUCAAAGCCAUGAGCUGGAACUAUGUCUCCACUGUGGCCUCUGAGGGAAACUACGGAGAAAGCGGUGUGGACGCGUUCAUUCAAAAGUCUCGAGAGGACGGUGGCCUCUGCAUUUCCCAGUCCGUGAAAAUCCCACGUGAACCAAAAGCCGGGGAGUUUGACAAGAUCAUUCACAGGCUGAGUGAGAACCCAAACGCCCGGGUGGUCAUUAUAUUUGCCAAUGAGGAUGACAUCAGGCGGCUGCUCCAAGCGGCAAAGAAGGCCAAUCAAACAGGCCAUUUUAUCUGGGUCGGUUCAGACAGCUGGGGGUCCAAAAUCUCCCCGAUACUGAACCAGGAAGAGAUGGCUGAAGGAGCUGUAACCAUCCUGCCGAAACGACAAUCCAUCAAAGGCUUUGACCGCUACUUCAUCAGCCGAACACUUGAGAACAACAGGCGAAAUAUCUGGUUUGCUGAGUUCUGGGAGAACAACUUCCAGUGCAAGCUUAGUCGACAUGCUGUGAAGAAAGGCUCCGGAAUCAGAAAAUGCACAAAUCACGAGAGGAUUGGUAAAGAUUCGUCCUAUGAACAAGAGGGAAAGGUCCAGUUUGUGAUUGAUGCGGUUUACGCCAUGGCUCACGCUCUGCACAACAUGCACAAAGAUCUCUGCCUGGGGAAAGUUGGCCUCUGCUCCAAGAUGGAUACCAUCAAUGGCACGUUGCUGCUUAAAUAUAUUCGAAAUGUCAACUUCUCAGGAAUCGCUAGCACGCCGGUGGUCUUCAACGUGAACGGAGAUGCUCCCGGCCGCUAUGAAAUCUACCAAUACCAGAUCAAAUAUAACACCACAGAGUAUAAAAUCAUUGGCCAUUGGACCGACCAUCUGCACUUGGAUACAGAUGAGAUGCGGUGGCCAGGUGAAACGCAAGAAGUGCCCUCCUCCAUUUGCAGCCAGCCCUGCCGCGCUGGCCAGCGCAAGAAAACUGUGAAAGGAAUUCCGUGUUGCUGGCACUGUGAGAAUUGUGACGGCUACCAGUACCAGGCAGACACUUACACAUGCAAGAUGUGCCGCUUCGACCUUCGGCCCAACGACAACCACACCGGCUGCAUUCCCAUUCCCAUUGUCAAGCUGGAAUGGAGCUCGCCAUGGGCUGUCAUCCCUGUCCUUAUCGCAGUCCUGGGCAUCAUGGCAACCGUGUUCGUGGUUGUUACCUUUGUGCGCUACAACGACACGCCCAUUGUUAAGGCGUUAGGUCGAGAACUGAGCUACGUGCUUCUGACGGGCAUCUUCUUGUGCUAUGCCACAACAUUCCUCAUGAUCUCCGCCCCUGAUGUGUUCAUAUGUUCGCUGCGCAGGAUCUUCCUGGGCCUGGGUAUGAGUAUCAGCUAUGCAGCCCUGCUCACCAAGACUAAUCGUAUCUACAGAAUUUUUGAGCAAGGCAAGAUGUCAGUCAGCGCCCCUCGCUUCAUCUCCCCAGCCUCACAGUUAGUCAUCACAUUCAGCCUGAUUUCAGUGCAACUCCUCGGUGUGUGUAUCUGGUUUGGCGUCGACCCGUCACAAGCCAUCAUCGACUACGAAGACCAGCGUACAGCUAAUCCUGAUAUGGCCCGCGGAGUUUUAAAAUGCGACAUAUCGGACCUUUCACUCAUCUGUCUGUUGGGAUACAGCAUGCUGCUCAUGGUCACCUGCACAGUUUAUGCCAUCAAGACCAGAGGCGUUCCGGAGACGUUCAACGAGGCCAAACCUAUCGGCUUCACCAUGUACACCACUUGCAUAGUCUGGCUUGCCUUUAUCCCCAUCUUCUUUGGCACUUCACAAUCAGCGGAAAAGAUGUACAUCCAGACCACAACUUUGACCAUCUCUGUCAGCCUCAGUGCAUCCGUCUCUCUGGGAAUGCUUUACAUGCCCAAGGUCUACGUGGUUCUCUUUCACCCAGAGCAGAACGUACCAAAGCGCAAGCGCAGCCUGAAGGCUGUGGUCACUGCAGCCACCAUGUCGAACAAGUUCAACCCAAAAGGUGGUCUGAGGCCCAAUGGGGAGGCAAAGUCAGAACUCUGUGAAAGUCUGGAAACACAAGGGCUGGCCUCCAAGCAGACGUACAUCAGCUACAGUAACCAUGCCAUCUAAGGGGGAGCCGAGUGUGGGCCUGGGGAGAGAGCGAUCUGCUGAAGCACAGAGGAAAGCUGGGAUUGAAAGAAUGCCAUAUUUUUUCUACACCAAAAAAAUGCCACUUAAUCGGAAAUGAGUCAAAUGCCAGCAAGUGAUGAGGGAUGAAAAGACGGGACCAUUCAUUUUCCCCUUCUCUUAGAAACACCGCAAUGGGUUGUGAUGUUUCCAGACGCAGGAUGAAUGCACCACCUGAAAUCAACAGUAUGUUUUCUUUCAGAGGUCAAUGGCACACGUUUCAGGCAUGGGCUGAGCCAUUAGACUUAUUCAAAACGUUAGUUGGUGUGGGAUGGAGCUAUGCUUGUUUUUGCUGUUGAACUGCUGGUAAAUGGUAAUGGAGUUGCUACUCGUCAAACUGGACAUGCCUUUCAAGAGGUUGAGUAUUGCAACAUGAACAAACCACAUCUGGCAACAAGCAAACAAACAAGCAAAAAAAUCACUCAGUGAUUCUGAUUUAUUUUUGUUUUCUAGCAGUGUUUCAUAAUUAUGUCAACAUCUGCAUCAUUUUUUUGGACAAGCCUAGUGUACAGUCCCAGAGCAUGCUUGUGGUUGCAUCAUGUCCGUGUACUGUGCUGUGUUGUCAAUGGAAUGCGAUGUGUCAUGAUUAUCAUUAACAGUAGAGACCAUGAGCCAACCUCUGUUACCUAAACAGAAAAAAACAACACAGAAGGUAUGAAAAACAUCCAGACUUUAAUGGCCCUUAUUUAUCAUCCACAAACUGAGGCAGUUGGAUGAAAAGCUAGAACUAGGAAGCAUGGUUACUUCCACGUAUUUGUUUUAAGUCACGAUUUAUUUAGUUGGCUUUUUUUACAGAACAAAUUUGGUAUUCCACCCCACUCCCACACAGGAUUUUGGAAACUGUUACUGGUAUUGACAAUAAUCGAGAUUUAGGCUAUUUAUAUACCAUAUUUUCCGCACGAUAAUGUGCUUCAGACGAUAAGGCACUCCUUCUAUGAAUGGCCUAUUUUAAAACUGUUUUCAUAUUUAGGGUGCAUCCCAUUUUAAGGUGCAUAGAAUAGAUGCUACAAUAGUAGCUGAUAUUGUGUUAUGUAUCCACUAGAUAGAGCUACACUAAAGGGAAUACAAUACAGGUUUGUUGUAUACAGUAAAGCGCUUUCACAACCACUGCAGUUGUAACAAUGCACUUUAGAGAACAUUUAAAAUAAUACGGCCGAGAAAUCCGAAUAUUGAUCCAUAUAUAAGACGCAUGGGAUUAUGAGGCCGCACUGUGGCCUUUAGAGAAAAUCGAAUGCUUUUAGGUGCGCCUUUUAGUGCGGAAAAUAUGGUACUUAAGCAUCAUUUGGAUGAAAAAAUAUACUGUUUUUACAGGUUGUCAUUCUGCAGCUUGAUAAAUAAGAGCCAUUACCUUCAUUUGGUGCUCUGAUCUUUCAUCUUCCAUGGACCAUUCAUGGUGUUGUACGCUUUGCAUAAUGAGUGCGUGCAUUCUGUUCAAACACACUAGGAAGAGCUCAGUGUACAAAACAUCAAUGUGUAAACUCCGUUUCUGUCUUCAGUUUCUUGUUCUCCUUCAGUAUUUCUCGUAAAAAGAGCAACUCUGGAAAUUGUCACACUAAAUCUUAUCCUGAGCGGUGCAGAAUAUGUCUGUUGCAUGUAAAAAAAUGUAAGUCAUGUCAAUAACUUGAUAUUGAGGUCUGAUGUCCAGGUGGAAAAUCAUUGCAGAGAAUUCUAAGUCAUCAAUACAUUUGGUUCAAUCAAAAAUUCUUGCAGCGCCCAGCUUGAACAAAAGUUCUAAGAUAUUGCUGCAAAUGUAUUUUUUCCACCAUUCGGAUUAAGUAUUUUUUUGUGGGAAAAGUGUUUGUCUAAAUCAGGGGUGUCAAACAUACUAUUGCUGCAAAUGUAUUUUUUCCACCAUUCGGAUUAAGUAUUUUUUGUGGGAAAAGUGUUUGUCUAAAUCAGGGGUGUCAAACAUGCGGUCCGCGGGCCGGUACCGGUGCCCAAGGAGGUUCGAACAGGCCCACACAAUCAUUGAAAAGUGAAAAAAAUGCAUAAAAGACAUGAGAUGAAUAUUCUAAUAAGGUGCAAUUCAUGGAGCAUCCGCUAGAUCACUGUUUUCAUUAGAGUAGAAGACCCAACACAGCAGACGCGAUUAAGGAUGUGAAUACUUUAUUCUUUACACAUUUAAUAGCACUCUCCUUAGAUUGUAUGGUGUAGGGAGGGAUUAAAUUUAGAUUUUAUAUGCACAUGUUAAAAUGGUUUUAAAAUUCCUUUCUUUAAAAAUCUCAUUUAAUCUUAAAAUUUAUUACUGUACUAUAUUUUUCAAUACCAAUUACUUGUUGUUGUACAAUUAAAUGUUGUGCCUUUUACAAUCAGUGGGAUCAGUUGCAAUGGAUAUGUGUUAAUGAAAAAAUAAAGAUAAGAUAUCCUAUAUUUGUCCCACACUGGGACAAAUUGACACUAAUUGCAAGGGAAAUCUAAGGUGCUUCAUGAAAUGUUUUGUAAAAGAUAUGUUCAUUACAUUUUGACAUUUUCCGAAUAUUCUUUGCUUUUUUAGACCAAAACGAAGGAAA